AUGAUUUUGAAACAGGAGACUGUGAGUUUGAACCACGAGGAAGAAGAAAAAGAAGAUGCACGCAGAAACAAACAACAACACGCCUCUCGAAUUCCUGCUUUUCACAAAACCUUAGCCAAAAAAACGCCCUACCGCCACCAGCAGCAGUCAAAGCUCAGAUCCACCUGCCCCGUCUAUUACCAGAACAGAGUCUUCUAACCAGGCAUCCUCAACAAGCAGCAGUGGAGAGAUGUCAAGAUCAAAAACUGCCCAGCAUUAGAGAAACAGGUCUCCCUCUUCCUACAGUGCGUCUACAUAAACUCAACCCUCAGACCCUGUCUCAUGCUGUUAGCUCCCCAGAGCAAAGCCCCAGCUCUCUGGAUGUUAUUCCAGCUGAAGGGCAUCAGGAGCAGCUCCAUCCCAUGACAGCAACCCCUAGACCGGCCCUCAGGGCCGAAGCAGGGGACUAUGAUGACCCAAUUGAGACAUCCCUCACCACCACUGAAACUGCACAGGAAGACACUGAGGAAGAGUUUGAGGCUGAGGUUAGAAUGGGAUAGUGGCGACAUCUCCUCCGGUCAUGCUGAAAAGGAAUCCCUAGAGAUAGUUGAAGGUGAGGAGGACGAGACCGAUCUGAAUCAGUCUGAUGAUGAUGGUGAUGAUGAUGAGGAGGAAACUCCCUGUGAGGCUGAGGCCAUGGAGAUUGAGUUUCUAUUAGAAGAGGAUGGAUAUGGGUUGGACUCCCCAUUGCGGGAGGAGAAGGAGCUUGAGGAGCCCAGUGUUGAGACUGAGAGCUUCAGUGAAUCUGAGGUUGUUAGUGAGAAUCGAGACAAGUCCGCCAACGAGGAGAAGGUUUCUGAAAAAUGGUCCAAAAACCCAGAGGAUACAACCGACGCUGGUACCUCAGUCCCCUCGCCCAGAGCAGUGCCUCAGAGAACAACUAGAUCCAGUCAGUCGAACAAGGUAAGGCGUCUAGAUAUCAGGUUUUUCUCCUGCUAUUACCCAUCUUGGUAAGCCACAAUAAUCUGUGUUGUAUUUAUUGUCUGCAAUUGUAUAUGUCCUUCGUCUGUGCUUGUUUGUUUUGAAUGUAGGCUAUGCACAGAGCCACAAACAGAAUGAUCCCAUGGGGAUAAUAGUCAUUGUCUUAUUUUAGUAGGCUAAUCUUAAUGACGUACAAACAUCUUAGCGUCCUAAUCUUAAUGACGUACAAACAUCUUAGCGUCCUAAUCUUAAUGACGUACAAACAUCUUAGCGUCCUAAUCUUAAUGACAUACAAACAUCUUAAUGUCCUAAUCUUAAUGACAUACAAACAUCUUAGCGUCCUAAUCUUAAUGACAUACAAACAUCUUAGCAUCCUAAUCUUAAUGACGUACAAACAAUCCCAUAUUCCUUCUUGUAAUAGUUAUCUUGAUCUGUUCUCUUUCUCAUGUUUAAAUCUCACUCUUCAAUUUGUAGACAUCGUGGUGCUGGAGCUUCGCACUAUUCUGCCUUUUCCCCUCCACUCUGCUUGUGAUUGGGGGACUGGGUCAACACGUCUGGCAUUAUGGGAUGCCUCUGUCAUUGUCACAGUUGAUGGGACAGUUGGAGCUGCACUGGCUGGAGGGACUGUGGUUGCAACACGAGCCUUGUAACUCAGAUUGUCGGUGAGAAAAGUGUUACAGAAGAUAAUUGUAACCUUUUUGUUUGACCCUUCACAAAUCUAUUCACAUGUUUAUAUGUAAUUUUAUAAGUAAUGCAUUGUUUCACAGCUUUUGGUGGAUGGUGGGACGGAGGACAGAUCUAGAUUCAUUAGAAAAUAUUUUAGUCCCAAAUGGCACCCUAUUGUCUACAUAGUGCAGUGCUUUUGACCUUUAACCCUAUGGGUGGCUCUGGUCCAAAGCAGAGCGCCAUCUAGUGGCUCUGGUCAAAAGCAGAGCGCCAUCUAGUGGCUCUGGUCAAAAGCAGAGCGCCAUCUAGUGGCUCUGGUCAAAAGCAGAGCGCCGUCUAGGGAAUAGGGUGCCAUUUGGGACGCAGCCAUGGGUUUGUCACCGUUGGCAUCAUCUACCACAGUGUUUGACGUGGUCAUUAGGAAGGGUUUGAGCAUAUUGAGAUGUCCAGUCUCUCAAAGAGCGACUGUCUUUUAAAAAGCAACAAAUCCCUUUGAAAACUGUAUUUUUAAAAAGCAACAAAUCCCUUUGAAAACUGUCUUUAACAAGCAACAAAUCCCUUUGAAAACGGCCUAUGCGGCAUUGAUAUGAGUCAGAAACAGUUAUUGACUACAAAGUGUAAAAGGAUCAUUUUGGUCAGAAAGUCAGUCUUGUCUAAAACGGAGCUUGGAACAUCUAUGCGUCACAACGGGUAAAUUUAAGGUUGGGUUUUGAUUUGACGAUGUCCAUUUGCCCACUAACAUGGGGUGAACAGCUGCAGUGAUUGCUCUCUAUCCAAUAGCAGCUCUGAAUAUUUACAUAAAACAACACGUCGCAAUAAUGCACCGAACACCUCGGUUGAAUGUAAAAUUAACACAACUUAAACAUCCUCAACAAAAACGUUAACUCAAGAAAUCUGUAACUCAAUUAUAUCUUAGAUUCAUUCUGGGGAUUUUGAGGACUGUGAAAUAGGCUUCCGUGUCUCAUGGGGUACAAACAUCUUUAACCAAACGCGGAAUCGGUCAGGAAAAGCACCUCCUCCACGACUGAAAUCUCGUUUUUCUAAAGAGCAACAGCAAAACACAUGAGCCAAUCAUAGCUGGGUCUGUAAACUCCUCCCACCACAGAACCUGUCUGGUUCACCACCAGCCCAACGCCUGCAGUUGGAGGUUACUGUGUUCACCCAGUACAAGAAUAGUCAAUUGCAGGUCACUAGCCUGCUUCCACUUCUCUUUGUGCUGGACAGCUAACUCCUGUACAGCACAAACUGAUCUGGGACCAGGCUAGCAGGUCAUCCUCGUGUCAUAAUGUCUUAAGUCUGGACAAUGAAGUUGAAGGUGUCAAUGAGUCUUGUGUGAACCAGGUCCAGUGAGUCGUGAUGUGCAGUACCUAUAUAGACGACUAUGUCUGUCACCAUGUACUUGGCAUGGUUCACUCUUGAGAAAGGCAUCUUCUUCUGCUCUGCUCAACAUGGCGCCGGAGGGAGAUGGCUGCCGUUUUUACGGCCCUCUAACCAUAUUAUACUAUUAUGUGUGUUUUUUCACGUUAUUUGUAAUUUGUUCUGUACAUAAUGUUUCUGCCACUGUCUAUUAUGACCAAACAGAGCUUCUGGAUAUCAGGACAGCGAUUACUCUCCUCGUAUUGGACAAAUAUUUUUUUUCUUCAACGAGUCGGAGGGGAAGGAUAUCCUACAGACGCCCGACAUGGUCCAAAUCCCCGUCAUUCGCAUGAGAAAGAGACGGAGAUAUCGUGGACGUAGGUCGGGGUGCCUUGUAAGGAUCCGACGGCGAGCGAGUAAACUGCCUCUUCCAUCAAUCCUAUUAGCCAAUGUUCAAUCAUUUGAGAACAAAUUGAAUGACCUAAGAUUACGGUUAUCCUACCAACGGGACAUUAAAAACUGUAAUAUCUUAUGUUUCACCGAGUCGUGGCUGAACGACGACAUGGACAACAUACAGCUAGCGGGCUAUACGCUACAUCGGCAGGAUAGAACGGCUGACUCCGGUAAGACAAGGGGUGGCGGUCUGUGUAUAUUUGUAAACAACAGCUGGUGCAUAAAAUCUAAUACUAAGGAAGUCUCGAGGUUUUGCUCGCCUGAGGUAGAGUAUCUUAUGAUAAGCUGUAGACCACACUAUUUACCAAGAGAGUUUUCAUCUAUAUUUUUUGUAGCUGUCUAUUUACCACCACAAACCAAUGCUGGCACUAAGACCGCACUCAAUGAGCUGUAUAAGGCCAUAAGCAAACAGGAACACGCUCAUCCAGAGGCAGCGCCCCUAGUGGCCGGGGACUUUAAUGCAGGGAAACUUAAAUCCGUUCUACCUAAUUUCUACCAGCAUGUUAAAUGUGCAGCCAGAGGAAGAAAAAACUCUAGACCACCUUUACUCCACACACAGAGACACAUACAAAGCUCUCCCUCACCCUCCAUUUGGCAAAUCUGACCAUAACUCUAUCCUCCUGAUUCCUGCUUAUAAGCAAAAAUUAAAGCAGGAAGGACCAGUGACUCGUUUAAUAAGGAAGUGGUCAGAUGACGCAGAUGCUAAGCUACAGGACUGUUUUGCUAGCACAAACUGGAAUAUGUUCCGGGAUUCUUCCGAUAGCAUUGAGGAGUACACCACAUCAGUGACUGGCUUCAUCAAUAAGUGCAUCGAUGACAUCGUCCCCACAGUGACCGUACGUACAUACCCCAACCAGAAGCCAUGGUUUACAGGCAACAUCUGCACUGAGCUAAAGGGUAGAGCUGCCGCUUUCAAGGAGCGGGACUCUAACCCGGACGCUUAUAAGAAAUCCCGCUAUGCCCUCCGACAAACCAUCAAACAGGCAAAGAGUCAAUACAGGACUAAGAUUGAAUCGUACUACACCGGCUCCGACGCUCGUCGGAUGUGCAGAGCUUGAAAGCUAUUACAGACUACAAAGGAAAGCACAGACGUGAGCUGCCCAGUGACACAAGCCUACCAGACGAGCCAAAUCACUUCUAUGGUCGCUUCGAGGCAAGCAACACCUGAAGCAUGCAUGAGAGCAUCAGCUGUUCCGGAUGACUAUGUGAUCACACUCUUCGUAGCCGAUGUAAGACUUUUAAGCAGAUCAACAUUCACAAGGCCGCAGGGCCAGACGGAUUACCCGGACGUGUACUCAGAGCUUGCGCUGAUCAACUGGCAAGUGUCUUCACUGACAUUUUCAACAUGUCCCUGACUGAGUCUGUAAUACCAACAUGUUUCAAGCAGACCACCAUAGUCCCUGUGCCCAAGAACACUAAGAUAACCUGCCUAAAUGACUACUGACCCGUAGCACUCACGUCUGUAGCCAUGAAGUGCUUUGAAACGCUGGUCAUGGCUCACAUCAACACCAUUAUCCCAGAAACCCUAGACCCACUCAAUUUGCGUACUGCCCCAACAGAUCCACAGAUGAUGCAAUAUCUAUUGCACUCCACACUGCCCUUUCCCACCUGGACAAGAGGAACACCUACGUGAGAAUGCUAUUCAUUGACUACGGCUCAGGGUUCAACACCAUAGUGCCCUCAAAGCUCAUCACUAAGCUGGGACUAAACACCUCCCUCUGCAACUGGAUCCUGGACUUCCUGAAGGGCCGCCCCCAGGUGGUAAUGGUAGGUAGUCCCCUGUAGCUCAGUUGGUAGAGCAUGGCGCUUGCAACGCCAGGGUUGUGGGUUCAUUUCCCACGGGGGGCCAGUAUGAAAAUGUAUGCACUCACUAACUGUAAGUCGCUCUGGAUAAGAGUGUCUGCUAAAUGACUAAAAUGUAAAAAUGUAACAACACAUCUGCCACGCUGAUCCUCAACACGGGGGCCCCUCAGGGGUGGGUGCUCAGUCCCCUCCUGUACUCCCUGUUCACCCAUGACUGUAUGGCCAGGCACGACUCCUACACCAUCAUUAAGUUUGCCGACGACACAACAGUGGUAGGCCUGAUCACAGACAACGAUGAGACAGCCUAUAGGGAGGAGGUCAGAGACCUGGCCGUGUGGUGCCAGGAUAACAACCUCUCCCUCAACGUGAUCAAGACAAAGGAGAUGAUUGUGGACUACAGGGAAAAAAAGAGGACUGAGCACGCCCCCAUUCUCAUCGACGGGGCUGUAGUGGAACAGGUUGAGUGCUUCAAGUUCCUUGGUGUCCACAUCACCAACGAACUAUCAUGGUCCAAACACACCAAGACAGUCGUGAAGAGGGCACGACAAAGCCUAUUCCCCCUCAGGAGACUGAAAAGAUUUGGCAUAGGUCCACAGAUCCUCAAAAAGUUCUACAGCUGCACCAUCGAGAGCAUCCUGACUGGUUGCAUCACCGCCUGGUAUGGCAGCUGCUCGGCCUCAGACCGCAAGGCACUACAGAGGGUAGUGCGUACGGCACAGUACAUCACUGGGGCCAAGCUUCCUGCCAUCCAGGACCUCUAUACCAGGCGGUGUCAGAGGAAGGCCCUAAAAAUUGUCAAAGACUCCAGCCAGCCUAGUCAUAGACUGUUCUCUCUGCUACCACACGGCAAGCGGUACCGGAGCACCAAGUCUAGGUCCAAAAGGCUUCUCAACAGUUUCUACCCCCAAGCCAUAAGACUCCUGAACAGCUGAUCAUGGCUACCCGGACUAUUUGCACUGACCCCCCACCCCACCCGCGCUUUUACGCUGCUGCUACUCUGUUUAUUAUCUAUGCCUAAUCACUUUAACUCUGCCCACAUGGACAUAUUACCUCGAUUAACCGGUGCCCCCGCCGCACAUUGACUCUGCACCGGUACCCCCCUGUAUAUAGCCUCCCUACUGUUAUUUUAUUUUACUGCUGCUCUUUAAUUAUUUGCUUUUUUUAUUUUUUACUUAUCUAUUUUGUACUUAACUGCAUUUAACUUAAUUGUUGGUUAAGGGCUGUAAGUAAGCAUUUCACUUUAAGGUCUACACCUGUUGUAUUCGACACAAAACAAAAAUUUGAAUUGAUGGCAUCUCAAACACUUUCUGUAGGAAGAAUCAUGGAAAUGUCUCCAGUCCACAGUGACCCACUCUGUUGUUGCCUGUUUGUUCUAUCAACCAAUCAAUCAAUCACAUUUUAUUUGUUACAUGAAAUGCUUACUUACAGGUCCGUUUCCAACAAUGCAGAGUUAAAGAUAAGAUUUUAAAGAAAUGCAUUUGGAAAGUAUUCAGACCCCUUGACUUGUUCCACAUUUCUUUACGUUACAGCCUUAUUCUAAAAUUGAUUAAAUAAAUAAAAUCCCCUCAACAAUCUACACACAAUACCCCAUAAUGACAAAGCGAUAACAACUUUUUACAUUUAUUACAAAUAAAAAAACGUAUUACUUAUUUACAUAAGUAUUCAGACCUUUUGCUAUGAAACUCAAAAUUGAGCUCAGGUGCAUCCUGUUUCCUUUGAUCAUCCUUGAGAUGUUUCUACAACUUGAUUGGAGUCCACCUGUGAUAAAUGAAAUUGAUUGGACAUGAUUUGGAAAGGAACACACCUGUCUAUAUAAGGUCCCACAGUUGACAGUGGAUGUCAGAGCAAAAACCAUGCCAUGAGGUCGAAGGAAUUGUCCGUAGAGCUCCGAGACAGGAUUGUGUCGAGGCACAGAUCUGGGGAAUGGUACCAAAAAAAUUCUGCAGCAUUGAAGAUCCCCAAGAACACAGUGGAACCACCAAGACUCUUCCUAGAGCUGGCCUCCCGGCCAAACUGAGCAAUCGGGGGAGAAGGGACUUGGUCAGAGAGGUGACCAAGAACCAGAUGGUCACGCUGCCAGAGCCCCAGAGUUCCUCUGUGGAGAUGGGAGAACCUUCCAGAAGGACAACAAUCUCUGCAGCACUCCACCAAUCAGGCCUUAUGGGAGAGUGGCCAGACGGAAGCCACUCCUCAGUAAAAGGCACAUGACAGCCCGCUUGGAGUUUGCCAAAAGGUACCUAAGGACUCUCAGACCAUUAGAAACAAGAUUCUCUGGUCUGGUGAAACCAAGAUUGAACUCUUUGGCCUCAAUGCCAAGCAUCACAUCUGGAGGAAACCUGGCACCAUCCCUACGGUGAAGCAUGGUGGUGGCAGGAUCAUGCUGUGAGGCUGUUUUUCAGCGGCAGGGACUGGGAGACUAGUCAGGAUCGAGGGAAAGAUGAACAGAGCAAAGUACAGAGAGUUCCUUGAUGAAAACCUGCUCCAGAGCGCUCAGGACCUCACACUGGGGCGAAGGUUCACCUUCCAACAGGACAACGACUCUAAGCACACAGCCAAGACAAUGCAGGAGUGGCUUCGGGACAAGUCUCUGAAUGUCCUUGAGUGGCCCAGCCAGAGCCCGGACAUGAACCUGAUCGAACAUCUCUGGAGAGACCUGAAAAUAGCUGUGCAGUGACGCUCCCCAUCCAACCUGAGAGCUUGAGAGGAACUGCAGAGAAGAAUGGGAGAAACUCCCCAAAUACAGAUGUGCCAAGCUUGUAGCGUCAUACCCAAGAAGACUCGUUGCUGUAAUCGCUGCCAAAGGUGCUUCAACAAAGUACUGAUUAAAGGGUCUGAAUACUUAUGUAAAUGUUAUAUUUCAGUUAUUUUUGUAUUUCUAUUUUUGUAAAAAAUUUAGUUUAAAUAAAAAACUGUUUUUGCUUUGCCGUUAUGGGGUGUUGUGUGUAGAUUGAGGGGGGAAAAAACGAUUUAAUCAAUUUUAGAAUAAGGCUGUAACGUAACAAAAUGUGGAAAAAGUCAAGGGGUCUGAAUACUUUCCAAAUGCACUGUAGGAGGGGUAUAGUGACUAGCAGCAGCGUAUGUGGUGAAGGUGUGGUGUACCCCCCUGUAUAUAUAGCCUCCCUACUGUCACUUUAUUUUACUGUAUAUAUAGCCUCCCUACUGUCACUUUAUUUUUCUUCUGCUCUUUUUUUUCUCAACACUUUUUUUGUUGUUGGUUUAUUUUUACUUUUUUUGUUUAAAAUAAAUGCACUGUUGGUUAAGGGCUGUAAGUAAGCAUUUCACUGUAAUGUCUGCACCUGUUGUAUUCGGCGCAUGUGACCAAUAAAAUUUGAUUUGAUUUGAUUUGUGUGUGUGUUGUGUGUGUGGGUAUAGAGUCCAGUGUGUGUGCAUAGUCAUAGAGAGUUAGUGUAAAAAAGGGCGUGUGACUGGAGCACUUCUAUAGUCCUAAUAGAAUUGGCAUGUGACUGGAGCACUGCUGUAGUCCUAAUAGAAUUGGCAUGUGUCUGGAGCACUGCUGUAGUCCUAAUAGAAUUGGCAUGUGUCUGGAGCACUGCUGUAGUCCUAAUAGAAUUGGCAUGUGUCUGGAGCACUGCUGUAGUCCUAAUAGAAUUGGCAUGUGUACUCCUGAGUGGCGCAGUGGUCUAAGGCAGUGCUAACUGUGCCACUAGAGAUCCUGGUUCGAAUCCAGGCUCUGUCGCAGCCGGCCGUGACCGGGAGACUCAUGGGCGGCGCACAAUUGGCCCAGCGUCUCAGGGUAGGGGAGGGAAUGGCCGGCAGGGAUGUAGCUCAGUUGAUAGAGCAUGGCGUUUGCAACGCCAGGUUGUGGUUCGAUUCCCACGGGGGCCAGUAUAUAAAAAAAAAAUGUAAUCACUAACUGUAAGUCGCUCUGGAUAAGAGCGUCUGCUAAAUGACUAAAAUGUAAAUGUAAAUGUGUCUGGAGCACUGCUGUAGUCCUAAUAGAAUUGGCAUGUGACUGGAGCACUGCUGUAGUCCUAAUAGAAUUGGCAUGUGUCUGGAGCACUGCUGUAGUCCUAAUAGAAUUGCUCUAAGAGGACCAAUACAAUUGUUUGAAUUGAAUUGCUAAAUGUUUUUCUCUUCUCUAAUCAGUGUGAGCCUGGUGGAGAGCGUCCCUGAAGGCCUAUUCUACCCACCGGAUUCCUCAUCCCUGCCGAGCAUCUCUGAGACAUGGACUAACCUACUGACCAGGGCCAACCGCUCUGUGGACAUAGCUGCUUUCUACUUCACCCUCCGAGACACUGACCUGGGACUCACAGAGCCUAGUGCUGUACAGGUAGGAGGACACUGACCUGGGACUCACAGAGCCUAGUGCUGUACAGGUAGGAGGACACUGACCUGGGACUCACAGAGCCUAGUGCUGUACAGGCAGGAGGACACUGACCUGGGACUCACAGAGCCUAGUGCUGUACAGGUAGGAGGACACUGACCUGGGACUCACAGAGCCUAGUGCUGUACAGGUAGGAGGACACUGACCUGGGACUCACAGAGCCUAGUGCUGUACAGGUAGGAGGACACUGACCUGGGACUCACAGAGUCUAGUGCUGUACAGGUAGGAGGACACUGACCUGGGACUCACAGAGUCUAGUGCUGUACAGGUAGGAGGACACUGACCUGGGACUCACAGAGCCUAGUGCUGUACAGGUAGGAGGACACUGACCUGGGACUCACAGAGCCUAGUGCUGUACAGGUAGAAGGACACUGACCUGGGACUCACAGAGCCUAGUGCUGUACAGGUAGUAGGACACUGACCUGGGACUCACAGAGUCUAGUGCUGUACAGGUAGAAGGACACUGACCUGGGACUCACAGAGCCUAGUGCUGUACAGGCAGGAGGACACUGACCUGGGGCUCACAGAGCCUAGUGCUGUACAGGUAGGAGGACACUGACCUGGGACUCACAGAGCCCAGUGCUGUACAGGCAGGAGGACACUGACCUGGGACUCACAGAGCCCAGUGCUGUACAGGUAGGAUGACACUGACCUGGGGCUCACAGAGCCUAGUGCUGUACAGGUAGGAGGACACUGACCUGGGACUCACAGAGCCCAGUGCUGUACAGGUAGGAGGACACUGACCUGGGACUCACAGAGCCCAGUGCUGUACAGGUAGGAGGACACUGACCUGGGACUCACAGAGCCCAGUGCUGUACAGGUAGGAGGACACUGACCUGGGACUCACAGAGCCUAGUGCUGUACAGGUAGGAGGACACUGACCUGGGACUCACAGAGCCUAGUGCUGUACAGGUAGGAGGACACUGACCUGGGACUCACAGAGCCUAGUGCUGUACAGGUAGGAGGACACUGACCUGGGACUCACAGAGCCUAGUGCUGUACAGGUAGGAGGACACUGACCUGGGGCUCACAGAGCCUAGUGCUGUACAGGUAGGAGGACACUGACCUGGGACCCACAGAGCCUAGUGCUGUACAGGUAGGAGGACACUGACCUGGGACUCACAGAGCCUAGUGCUGUACAGGUAGGAGGACACUGACCUGGGGCUCACAGAGCCUAGUGCUGUACAGGUAGGAGGACACUGACCUGGGGCUCACAGAGCCUAGUGCUGUACAGGUAGGAGGACACUGACCUGGGACUCACAGAGCCUAGUGCUGUACAGGUAGGAGGACACUGACCUGGGACUCACAGAGCCUAGUGCUGUACAGGUAGGAGGACACUGACCUGGGACUCACAGAGCCUAGUGCUGUACAGGUAGGAGGACACUGACCUGGGACUCACAGAGCCUAGUGCUGUACAGGUAGGAGGACACUGACCUGGGACUCACAGAGCCUAGUGCUGUACAGGUAGGAGGACACUGACCUGGGACUCACAGAGCCUAGUGCUGUACAGGCAGGAGGAGAAAAGGAUAGAUUUUUGGGUUUACCAUUUGUUUGAAAUAGGAAAUAACCUUUUCCUCUACUAAUUUGCAUUUUGAUGAUGAUACACAAAUGAAUCACAUAAUCAUUAUCAAAAUCUCAAAUGGCUUCCCCAUUCUAAGAGCACCAGUGGAUGUUUAGGAUAGCUGUGCCGUUGCGCUCUUUGUACAUUUGUUUUCUCACUGAUCAGUUUAUAUUUUGAUGCAAGGUGUGGGUAUUUUGUUUUUGUCCUCACUGUGACAUGCAUGUGUUUGUACAGGGAAAACAGGUCUUCAAGCAGCUGAUGGAACUUGAAGCAAAAGGAGUGAAACUUCAGAUUACUGUUAAUGGUCCUCGGACUGAUACUCGAGACACGGCGGAUUUAUCUAGAACAGGUACAUGAAGCAGCUCUGUUGCCACGGCGGGUCCCUCUGGCGUUGUCUCAUGGGAUUUGUUUUUCAGGUUAUGCAUGUGUUCUGGAAAUGACUUGCAAAUGGACUGUAUGCGGUUGUCUAUCCUACCUUAGUUGAAUGUAGUGACUGUAUUCGCUCUGGAUAAGAGCGUCUGCUUAAUGACCUAAAUGUAAACGCCAAUGUUAGAAUGUCUUUCAAACAAUAUAUUUUUAAGGUUGCUUGUUAUGUGUCUAACCUCUGCUUCCCUUUCUGUGUUCAGAUGCAGAGGUACGGGAGGUGGAUCUCCAGUCCGUGACAGGAGGUAUCAUCCACACCAAGCUGUGGGUCGUGGAUCAGAAACACCUCUACCUGGGCAGUGCCAACGUGGACUGGCGGUCCCUCACACAGGUACAUCCCAAAGUACUGAUAGAAUACCGUCCUCUCUGGGUCAACAGCCUGAAAUCUGAACUGAUGAGCAGGGAAACUGGUGAAACAGCAUGUCAGUUUGUAGUCCAGGCUAUGUAAAAUAUGAGCCAUUUUAAGAAUUGAUGCAUCUCCUUAUCGUAUAUCUUCCAGUGCAUUGAUCGAUUUGAUUGAUUGAUUGAUUGAUUCACGAUUGAUUGAUAAUCUCUGAGCAUCUCAGGUGAAGGAGGUAGGAGUUUCCAUGGAGGACUGCAGCUGCCUGGCACAGGAUGCGUCAAGGAUUUUCGAGGUGUAUUGGAACAUUGGUGCUCAGAAAAAUGGUUCCCUACCCCCCUUCUGGCCUGCCCGAUACUCUGCCCUCUCCAGCUCCGAGCACCCCUUGAAUCUCAAACUCAAUGGAGUCCCCGCACGAGUAUAUCUCUCUGUGAGUUGGAUCUUCUAGCUUACUGCAUCCCAAAUGGUACCCUAUUCCCUACAUAGUGCACUACUUUUGACCAGAGCCCUAUGGGAGGAAGUGGUGUCAUUUGGGACACAAUCUUUGACUACCUAACCCCUUCCACUCAUAUUUUGCAUAAUGCUACUGAUAGUUUAUUUUUUAAAUUUUUUUUACUAAUUUUUUUUCAGAGCGCUCCUCCCCAGAUAUCAGCUUAUGGACGCUCAGACGAUCUAUCCACCAUCCUCUCUGUCGUCGCAGACGCCCAGAAAUAUGUCUACAUCUCAGUCAUGGACUAUCUUCCAAUGUCCCAGUUCACUGAACCACUCAGGUGACUGUCCGUACUCGGGCGAAUCCUAACUUUCCCAUUGACGUCAACGCCUGAGUGAAAAUUCUCCUUAAGUGGAAGUUAGCAUUCGCUCCUUUUAAUGAUUCUCUAACGUUAUGUAACAGUGUAUCACAUGUUUUCAUUAGGACAGUUAUUGGAUGUAUGUUGUGUAUCUGUUUUAAACAUCUAACCAAUCAGGUACAUGUAUGUAUUAGGUUCUGGCCUGCGAUUGACUCAGCCAUACGGGCAGCAGCGUGUACUAGAAGGGUAGAGGUCAAUCUACUAGUGAGCUACUGGUCACGCUCUCCAGGCUCCAUGUUUCUCUUCCUACAGUCUCUGACCGUCCUCAACAGAUCUCCACUGGGAUGCAACAUCAAUGUGGUACAUAUGCUGUUUUCAUUUCUCCACUUUUUUUUUGUAUACCAUAAACAUACUUGUAGACAGCUGAAGCAAGCAGUUUUCUUCAGGAAAUGUACCUUUUUCUAGUUGUGCAUUCGGUUGUUGUCAUUAAUGUCCUAUUUCCAUGAUGUGUCCUACAGAAAGUAUUUGAGGUGCCUUCAACAGCAGAGCAGAAGAAGAUUCCUUUCUCAAGAGUGAACCAUGCCAAGUACAUGGUGACAGACAGAGUCGUCUAUAUAGGUACUGCACAUCACGAUCACUACUCAUUGGACAAAAUGUCUGUUGUUUUUAUGGAUUUAUUCUGCUGCAAAAACCAACGUCUGCUGUUUUUUUUUUUUUUACAAUUUAACAUCACAUUGCACAUAGCAACUUUGACCUGCCAUAUCAAUGCACUAACUUGUAUCUCGUAUUGUGUGAACACAGGAACCUCCAACUGGUCAGAGAACUAUUUACACCCACACUGCAGGUGUUGGGCUGGUGGUGAACCAGACAGGUUCUGUGGUGGGAGAGGGCCAGAGGAGUUUACAGACCCAGCUACAUGAGGUCUUCUUAAAGGACUGGACGUCUCAACACGCCCAAACCCUUUCCAAUGGCGACGCCAAACGCUGUGGUAGAUGACGCUAACGGUGAUUUAACCAUGGUUACAUCCCUA